CUGGGAUGUUCACUGAUGUUCCAGAAUGGUCAUUUGACUUUGUGUUACGUCAACAUAAGAGGGCGCUAGAUAUUCCUCUUUUCAUUGCUGGACGAAAAUGGCUCCCCGUAAGCAGAAGAAGACCCGUAAGCUGCGUGGUCACGUGAGCCACGGCCAUGGUCGUAUCGGCAAGCACCGCAAGCAUCCCGGAGGAAGGGGACGUGCUGGUGGUCAGCAUCAUCACAGAAUCAACUACGAUAAAUACCAUCCUGGUUACUUCGGUAAGGUUGGUAUGAGGCAUUUCCAUCUGACCAAGCAGAAGUACUACAAGCCUGCCAUCAACUGUGACAAGCUCUGGAGUCUGGUCAGUGAGCAGACAAGGCUGCAGUACGCAGACAAGACCGACAAGGCCCCCGUCAUCGAUGCUGUUCGAGCGGGUUACUACAAGAUCCUAGGAAAGGGAGUCCUCCCUAAGCAGCCGGUCAUCGUCAAGGCCAAGUUCUUCUCCCGACUCGCUGAGGAAAAGAUCAAGAAGGCCGGAGGAUGCUGCGUGCUUGUCGCCUAAAUGAUACCUCUUCCUAAUAAAAGACUCAAAAUAUUUCCAAAUAUCUGCUCAAAAUCUCACAUCAAAUGGACUCUUCAUAUUCCAAGCAUAUUUCCAUCAAAGAAGUGCUCUUCUGUAGAUCUUCAUUGAACAACACGACCGUGAUGCAUUGUAUUAUGUCAUGGAAUGAGAUGAUACAUACAGGAAUGCGGGCUGUACGCCGUAAUAAAGCCGUAAUAGUCACUGGUA